AUGAGUUCAAGGACGCCUGAUAAUGGGAGAGAAUCCCCGAGGGGCUCAGAAGGAAGCUGGCAUCCUGCCCGCGAAUGGCUGGAAGAUGACGAGCAGGAUACCGAAUACCACCCCGCGCUGGAGUCAUCCAGGGACAUUGAUGCAUGGGAAGACGACAUAAGCAAUGACGAUGAGCAGAUGGGCUUGAGGGCUGCGGAUGACAAUGCCCACAUCAAUAUAAGGAACAUUCAGAUCGAGCUUACAGCGGACGAUUCGGACCAGAGCGAGAACACAGAUGAUCUAAACCGGGGGCAUACGCGCGUACCAGCUUCCCGAUUAUUCGAGCUACUUGCAUCCAGUGGUUUACAACAUAUCCUCCAAGCCAACGGUUGGCCGACAGCUAUGGAAGAAGAACAAGAGCAGCUGGGAAAUGAAGACGAUGAGCUAAGCGAUGAAGAUUUCAUGCCCAUAUUCCGAAAUCGCCUCCGCGCCAGACGAUCCCAAGAAAGAGUCAAGCUUCCGCCGGUCCCUAAUCCAGAGGGCAAGAAGUUGAUGGGCGAAGGCCAUUUCGGAACUGACAAAUUCUACGGCGACCGGCUCAGGCAGCGCAAGAAAUCCCUAGCAACAAGCCUGAUGUGGCGAGAACUAGGCAUCGAUACUGAAGGAGUGCGGAAAAGAGCGGGCCAAUCCAUCUCCCAGGGUCUUAUUCCAAGUUCGAUUGCGGACAAGAUCAUUCACUUUGAAACUCGAAGUUAUUCAGGCCAGUUCUCGGAUGACGGGAAUUUCUUUUUCUGCUGCGCACAAGAUUUCAAGGUUCGGAUGUACGACACGUCCAAUCCGUACGACUGGAAAUACUACAAAACCGUCGAUUACCCAUUCGGUCAGUGGACUAUCACCGACGCGACACUGAGUCCCGACAAUCGCUUCCUUGUCUAUAGCUCAAUACGGAGCCAGGCAUAUAUGGCCACCACAGACCCAGAAGAUGAUUCAGAACCUACUGUUCUGGAUUUAUCUACUCCACCGGGCCAAAGUAGAAGACGGGGCUGGGGUGGUUCACACUUUGGGAUCUGGUCUCUUCGAUUCUCCGGGGAUGGACGUGAGGUUGUCGCCGGAACAUCAGAGGACUCUGUUAUUGUUUAUGAUCUGGAAACACGACAGCCAGUUCUAAACCUACGAGAUCGACAUCAGCAUCAUGUCAAUGCUGUGUGUUACGGCGAUACCUCAUCGCCGCACAUCCUGUACUCUGGAUCAGAUGACACGACAAUUAGGGUUUGGGAUAGGCGGUCAAUGGGCGAUGGGCGGGAAGCCGGUGCCUUCAUGGGCCACACUGAGGGGCUGACGUAUGUUGACAGCAAAGGUGAUGGCAGAUAUGUCUUAUCCAAUAGCAAAGACCAAACGAUGAAGCUUUGGGAUCUGCGAAAAAUGAUGACAUCCGCCGAUAUCGAAAACAUCGACCCCGCCGAGUACACAACCGGGUUCGAUUACCGCUUCGAGCAGUAUCCAAACCAAUACCGCAGAAAUGCCAAGAAUGACUGCUCCGUUGUUACAUAUCGGGGCCACCGAGUCCUCAAAACCUUGAUCCGCUGCCAUUUCUCACCACCGGGAAGCACAAAUUCGCGUUAUGUUUACAGUGGAAGUGAGGAUGGCAAGGUUUAUGUGUAUAACUUGGAUGCUACACUCGCCGGCACCAUUGACGUCGGUCAAGCUACACUUAACUCGCGACCGCGCGACCCAGAGGCAUAUGCUACAGCAUAUGAGAUGAGCGGAGAAAUGUUGUGGAGGACUUGUGUUCGGGAUGCAAGCUGGCACCCAAGUGCACCAGUACUAGCAGCAACUUCCUGGAAUGGCUGGGGUUUGUCUACUGGCACUUGUACUGUGCAUUCAUGGAACGCUGGCGCUACUAAGGACGAGGGCGAUCCACCACUGGGCAAGAACUAUGACGAUAAACUACGAUUCAUCCCCGAGUUCGAUGAAUAUCGCGAGAAUGCACCACAUGGUCGGCCCCGGCGUCCAUUGCGCAGCAGACCAGUUCGUCGAUGGGUUGGUGAAGGAGAAUCAGAAGACGUAAUAUGGUAA